CGGUACCAAUCAGUUUAGACGGAAGAAGAUGGGAGGCGUUGAAGAUAGCCAAUGGGUUGAUAAGUUUAUGGAUGGAAUCGGAUUGGCGUUUACCAAGAUUGACGAAACGAUACAGAAGGGUAUUGAACUCUGGACAGAAUUGACCAGAGUUGACGACCAGCCUAUCCAAGACUUGACCGGACAGCCAAAAAGUGGUGAAUCUGGUGAAGAAAAUUCCUCUCAAGAUCCUGCCGCUGAGGUCAAAGAAAGAGUACCGGUUCAACAUUGCUGGUCUAUGUGCCUUUCUGAGGUCGAAGAUAAGCCGAGCCAACAUUGGGCUAUGCGUGCUUCGAAAAUUUCAGAGAGUUUCAUUCAAGUACAAAAUGUUGCUGGUGAUGGUGAAAAAGAAGAAGAAGAAGACGAAGUCGAUUCUACACUUUCAGAAGAAGAUAAUGAAUCGAGUUUGUCGCGGAACCAUGAGUAUGAGCAGAUGUUUAAGAUGAUUCGUGACAUGUACCCCUCCGAAGAAGCAGAUAAUGAUGAUGGAGAUAACGAAGAUUUUGACACGUUUUCCGAAGAAGAUGAUGAAUCAUGGGAUGACGAAGAUGAUACUACAACUUCUAAAUCUUCCGAAGAUAUGUCGGAGCUUAAUUUGGGAGCCUCGGCGACGAACUAUAUCCCUGAUUCCUACCAUCAUCACAAUGAAGAAGAUAAUGAUUCGAGUUUGAAGUGGAAAGGUGAUUAUCAGCUCUUAAAGAAUGUUGACAAGUCGUCUUCCGAAGAAGAAGAUGAUGAAUCAUUCGAUGAUGAUGAGGUUGGGGAGUGUCACUCUGAAGACGUCAAAGAAGUGAUGGAGAUAUCGUGGAAGCAUAUAAUGAUGAGCAAUUCAUGUAACGAAUCAUUAGGGGUUCAGGACUAUGAAGAUGACGUAUCGGACAAGUUACUACUACAAGGAUUCGUGGAUGUUAGGCAAGAAGAGGAGAAUGGGAAUAAUACGGAAUUGAGUGAGGUCGAGACCCUUCUCCCAGAAAGUGAUUGGGUUUACGUGACGAGGGACUAG